GUCAAGACGAAUAUUCUGUUAAAAAAAAAAAAAAAAACAGGUUUCUUGCAAGACAUCCUCAGAUAAACAUGCUGAGUCGGUUCCUUAAUCCAAUCAUAUAUGCAAGUAUACACUAAAUUACUCCACAUAUAUAUAUAUACACACAUAUAGAGACCUAGUUGUUUCUCUCUCUUUAUAUCCAGUUUUAAUUUCUUAAUUGAGUUGGUUCUUGGGAACUAGAAUUUAUCAGCAAGAAUUUUUAUCAAGUAAGGUGGCGUUAAGCCUAGGCUGCUCAAUGGGGUUGGAUAAGCAGCCGAGUGGUAUUCUUGAUACUUUAAAAAUGGAGACAGUCAGGACAAUCUUUCACUCAUAUCCUUACCCACACGAGCAUUCACGUCAUUUUGUGAUUGCAGUAGUUGUGGGAUGCUUGUUUUUCAUAUCAUCAGAUAACAUGCACUCACUUAUUCAGAAGUUCGAUAUCAAGUGGUGGUCUAUGUAUGCUUGUUUGCUCGGAUUCUUUUACUUCUUUUCGUCUCCAUUUAUUGGGAAAACAAUCAAACCAAGUUAUUCAAAUUUCAGUCGCUGGUACAUUACCUGGAUAUUAGUGGCAGCUAUAUACCACCUUCCAAGUUUUCAAUCGAUGGGAGUAGAUCUCAGGAUGAACCUCUCUUUGUUUCUGACAUUAUACAUCUCAUCCAUUUUGUUUCUUCUUGUUUUCCAUGUUAUAUUUCUCGGGCUUUGGUAUCUUGGACUCGUUGCUCGUGUGGCGGGAAAGAGGCCUGAGAUUAUGAAAAUCUUUCAAAAUUGUGCUGUUAUAAGUAUAGCCUGCUGUGUUUUCUAUAGCCACUGUGGGAACCUCGCCAUAGUAAGGGAAAAGACAUUUGACUGGCGGAAUUCAUGGUUUUCGCUGUGGAAUAAGGGAGAGGGAAACACAUGGCUUGCGAAAUUCAUCCGCAUGACUGAAUUUAAAGAUCAAGUUUGCAAAUCUUGGUUUGCUCCAGUUGGGUCUGCUAGUGAUUACCCAUUCUUGUCUAAAUGGGUCAUCUAUGGAGAGUUGACUUGCGGCGGCUCAUGUGCAGAAUCAUCAGAUGAAAUUUCUCCAAUCUAUUCAUUGUGGGCCACUUUUAUUGGCCUCUAUAUGGCAAAUUACGUUGUGGAAAGGUCAUCAGGAUGGGCUCUAUCACGCCCUUUAUCACUGAAGGAGUUUGAGAAAUUGAAGAAAAAGCAGUUGAAACCAGAGUUUUUGGAUAUGGUUCCUUGGUAUUCAGGGACAUCUGCUGAUUUAUUCAAGACAGUGUUUGACCUCCUGGUCUCGGUAACUGUAUUUGUUGGGCGUUUUGAUAUGCGCAUGAUGCAGGCUGCUAUGAGCAAGGUUGAAGAUGGAGCUAAGCAGGAGGAUCUUUUGUAUGACCAGUUUAGUGAAGAGGAAGGUAUCUGGUUUGAUUUCAUGGCUGAUACUGGGGAUGGCGGAAAUUCUUCCUACAGUGUGGCACGCCUUCUUGCUCAACCUUCAAUCCACGUCCAAAAUAAAGGUUCCAUGCUUACACUACCACGUGGACGCCUGCUUCUUAUUGGUGGUGACCUUGCGUAUCCGAACCCAUCAGCUUUUACAUAUGAGAGGCGCCUUUUUCGUCCCUUUGAAUAUGCUCUUCAGCCUCCAAUCUGGUAUAGGGAAGACCAUAUUGCCGUUAACAAGCCUGAAUUACCUUCCGGGGUGACUGAACUCAGGCAGUAUGAUGGACCUCAGUGUUUUGUUAUCCCCGGAAAUCAUGAUUGGUUUGAUGGACUUCAGACUUUCAUGAGGUACAUUUGUCACAAGAGCUGGUUGGGUGGGUGGUUUAUGCCUCAAAAGAAAAGCUAUUUUGCCUUGCAGCUUCCGAAAGGGUGGUGGAUAUUUGGUCUUGAUCUUGCUCUGCAUUCUGAUAUUGAUGUAUACCAGUUCAAGUUCUUCUCAGAAUUAAUAAGGGACAAGGUUGGUAAGGAUGAUUCUGUGAUCAUUAUGACACAUGAACCUAGUUGGCUUCUCGAUUGGUACUUCGAUCAAGUUACUGGAAAGAAUGUCUCGUACUUGAUACGUGACCAUUUAAAAGGGAGAUGUAGACUUCGAAUUGCUGGGGAUGUGCAUCAUUAUAUGCGCCAUCAGUUUGUUGAAUCGAAAUCAGAUAAACCAGUUUAUGUCCAGCAUUUACUUGUUAAUGGUUGUGGGGGUGCUUUUUUGCACCCAACACAUGUCUUCAAAAAUUUCAACAAAUUAUAUGGAACAUCCUAUGAGUGUAAAAAUCCUUACCCAACUUUUGAAGAUUCAAGUAGGAUUGCUUUGGGAAAUAUAUUGAAAUUUAGGAAGAAAAAUUGGCAAUUUGAUUUUAUUGGUGGCAUCAUAUACUUCGCUUUGGCCUUUUCUAUGUUCCCCCAGUGUCAGCUAGAUCACAUUUUCAAGGAUGAUACAUUUUCGGGUCACAUGGGAACCUUCUUCGGCACAGUUUGGGAUACAUUUAUGUAUAUAUUCGGACGCUCAUACGUCUCCUUGACUGGCGCAGUGCUGCUAUUAGUAAUUGCAAUAACCUUUGUGCCAUCCAAGGUGCCUUGGAAAAAGAAAGUAGUAAUUGGGAUUCUUCAUGUGUCUGCACACCUUGCUGCAGCUGUGAUUCUUAUGCUCUUGCUGGAAUUAGGCAUUGAGACAUGUAUUCGGCAUAACUUACUUGCGACUUCUGGUUAUCAUACUUUAUAUGAAUGGUACAAAUCUGUGGAGAGUGAGCAUUUUCCAGACCCAACGGGUCUUAGGGCACGUAUAGAACAAUGGACAUUUGGCCUUUACCCAGCAUGUAUCAAAUAUCUCAUGUCUGCUUUUGAUGUUCCUGAGGUAAUGGCAGUCACCAGGACUACUAUCUGCAAGAAGGGAAUGGAUUCCCUAUCUCGAGGGGGUGCUGUAAUAUAUUAUGCAUCCGUCUUCCUCUAUUUUUGGGUCUUUUCUACUCCGGUGGUUUCUUUGGUUUUCGGAAGCUACCUAUAUAUUUGCAUUAAUUGGCUUCAUAUACAUUUCGACGAAGCCUUUUCAUCACUCCGUAUUGCUAACUACAAGUCAUUUACACGGUUUCAUAUCAACAACAAAGGCGAUCUCGAACUUUUUACCCUUGCAGUUGAUAAGGUUCCGAAAGAGUGGAAACUGGAUCCUAAUUAUGAUAUGGAGCCAAAGCAACCGCAGGAGCCAAGUUACCUUCGGAAGUUCCCAAGCAAAUGGAGAGCAGCUUCCCCUAAUCAGGAUCCCAUAAAUACUGUACGGAUUAUUGACCAAUUUGUGAUUAAACAGACUGAAAAACAUGAUUCAGAAUUAACGAAUGGAUCAGUUGAUCAAUAACUCAUUUGAUUACUGAACUCUUCUAGUGUCGGUCUGUAUAGAUAGGCUUUAGAAUUUAGAAGGUAACUGAUAGCAGAAGCUCUCUGGAUAGAAACAGAAUUUGUAAAAGCUCUGACAAAGGUUCAUUGAAAUCAUAGUUUGUAAAUUUUUUGUC